AUGACCUCUGGACCAAUUGCUGAGCGCAAUCAGGACGCAACCAUUUAUGUGGGCGGACUGGACGAGAAGGUGUCGGAAGCGACUCUUUGGGAGCUCUUCGUGCAAUCGGGUCCAGUGGUGAACGUCCACAUGCCUAAGGAUAGGGUGACCGCUUCACACCAGGGCUACGGCUUCGUUGAGUUCAUGUGCGAAGAGGACGCGGACUAUGGCAUCAAAAUCAUGAAUAUGAUUAAACUCUACGGUAAACCCAUUCGUGUGAACAAAGCAUCCGCUCAUCAGAAGAACUUAGACGUCGGCGCAAACAUCUUCAUCGGCAAUCUGGACCCAGAGGUCGACGAGAAGCUCUUGUACGACACGUUCUCCGCCUUCGGAGUCAUCCUCCAGACGCCCAAAAUAAUGAGAGAUCCGGAGACCGGCAACUCCAAGGGGUAUGCGUUCGUCAACUUCGCCUCAUUUGACGCGUCGGACGCCGCUAUCGAAGCCAUGAACGGACAAUACCUCUGCAACCGCGCCAUCACUAUAUCCUAUGCCUUCAAGAAGGACGCCAAAGGCGAGAGACACGGCUCGGCCGCCGAACGCCUGUUGGCCGCACAGAACCCGUUGGCUCAGGCGGACCGACCCCACCAGCUGUUUGCCGACGCGCCCCCCACUGCGGGCGGCGCCGCCACUGCCACCGCUCAGCCCAUGGCACCGAUGCUUAUGCCGAUGGCCCCGACGGCUGUGCCAACCAAUCCUAUGUCCAUGUUUUACGGCUCACCCGACGAUAUGAUGAACAAUGCAAUGAUGAGCAUCAAUAUGAAUAUGAUGGGCUGGCAGUUGCCGCCACGACCUCAACCCCCACCACCCCCUCCCGCCUCAUUUUUCCACCCGCCGCCCCCUCCGCCACAGUUCUCAGCAAUGCCACCCCCUCCCCCUCCGUUUGCAAACAUACCUCCACCACCUCCACCGCCCGCACAACCAGGAAUGCCGCCUCAGUUUACAGCAGCGCCACCGCCACCCCCUCCUCCUCCUCCCCCGCCCCCACCGCCACCUCAACCAUAA